AAGCAGAAGACAGCACUUUUCGUUGGGAACGAGAAGGAGACAGCCACACCACAGUAAAAGCUUUCACGGAACAAAUAUGUAGCAAACCUGUCUCACGAUGAGACCAAUCCAAGAAAAUACACAGUCUGUAUGACCAUCGAUUCGCCUCUUGACUUAACCUUUCGGUCUGUAUGGAACGAGAGUAGGAACGGAAGGGAUCAACAUCAGCAGCAACGAAACCAGGUUCAUUUCGACCUUAACCAUGACGGCUAGGAUGUUAUACUUUUUCAUUUGCUCUGCGGCAUUUUUGAUCGAGCUGCAGUGCGCCUCGCAAAAAGGCACAAACGGACUUACUUUUGCCACGUCUGUUCUUGUUAAUAGCACACUGGAGGCAAGCGGCAAAAAGGAUUCAAACCAAACCUUUAGCUCUAGACUCAAGAGAAAGACCCUGUCUGUUGAUUUUGCUGUCCCGUCUCUUUUGCGACACUAUAUGGCAAUGUUUAUUAAACGCCCGCUAAAUGGAGACUGCCUGACUUAUAACGGAUGUUAUACGGUGCGCGCUAACUUACGAAUGCACUGCAUACCCUUGCAAAAAACCAUCGCCAGUUUGCUUGACACAAAGUUGGCCGCGAUGGACAGCAUGGGGGCAGAAAGGUUGAACGGAUCUAGCACUGGACAGCUCCCGUAUCGACACAAGCGGCCGAUGCCCAAAGUUCUGAAUUUAGGCUUGACAAAGGCCAGCCGAAAAUCAAAUCAAGUUGUGGUAGAGAUAGGUGAAGAUAUGGUUAAGGCUGGAUGCGGAGGGCUAGCUGUUUACGAGGAUGCACCGGUCUUAUUUCUGGAAAUUGACCUAACACGUAUUUUGGAAUGGUGGCUCGGAGCCGAAGGAGGUAGGCUGAGGGUUCGACUUAUGCCGGAGCGGAAAGCUCAGGUUCCAGGGAAAGAGGACAAGUACUCCGCGGCCAUCCGGGCUGCUGACGCCCGGCUAUUACUACAGAUCGCCUCAAGUGGCUUGACAUCAACCAGAAGUGCAGGAAACACAGACACAUCCCUCAGAUACUGGAACUUCUCCUGGAUAGCGGAGGAAGAAGUCGCUUUCCCAGAGGAUGCAGCGCCAACCACAGGUAUGGGAUGUACCUCCAAGGGGGCAUCUUGCAAUCAUGGGGCAGAUGGUUACUAUCCAGAAUUUGCAUGGAGCUUAACAUCAGCAGAAGACUUCUGGGCUGAGGAUCACGGGGGCAUGGAGACGAUGGGAGGAAACUCUCAAGGUUGGGAAGAAGGGCGCUUCCUGGCUGUGAACGGCUCGUCCAUGACAGGGCCGUGGGUCCUCAGCCCCUGGCUUCGCACGCUCCACCAGCCCUGUGGUCUCGAUGUGACGCUCUUCCUGCACCCCAGGCAGAAGGGCCGCUACACAGUGUGGCUUAUCGAGAGAGACAAGCCACCACUGUCUCUGCUUACCACUGAGCCCCCCCACGUCACAGGCUGGGCGGUGGUACACCUCAGCCUGGGUGCCCGGGCCAAACCCUUCAGGGUAUCCUCCAGCUACAACCAGCCUGGCGAGUUGGAGACUGCGACUUAUGACCCUCUUUUCAUCACCAACUGCACCAUGGAGAGCUCUCGGAAUGUCACCCUGGAGGGCCACUAUCACUGCAGACAGGGCCAGGAGAUCAGCCUGGGCCAGCUGUGUGACUUCACCCCUGAUUGUCCGCUGGGAGAUGAUGAGGGCGAGGCCUGUCGUCAGUUCCUCAAUGGCAGCUACUGUUCCUUUGAAGAGGGUGAUUGUGGAUGGCAGUCUGUUUCAAGCAGAAGUCCUUACAGGAGGGUCCACCUGUCCCUGCCCAAAGGGCUCAGAAACAGCUGUCCAUCAUCAGGGGCUGUUUUGGCAGUAGAGAGUCAAUCCAAAGGUCAGCAGGGGUCUGUUUCUGUACGGAGCCCUCUCUUCCUCUAUCCCCUGCGGAACGCUCCAUGCAUGGUGCACUUCCAAGUGUGUGGGAGUCCGAGCAGUGUCCUGUCGCUAUGGAUUGUGGAAAACAGCACAGGGCCUGAGGGCCAAAGAAAUCUGUGGAACUCCACCAAUGACAAGAUGGACAAAGGAUGGAGACACAUCACCUUCCCACUAUUUGGACUAGUUGACUCGUUUUACCUCCAGUUGGUUGCAGAUAUUUCUCCUGGCUCUGAUGUGGCCUUAGCAGUGGAUAACUUUACUCUGAGUAUUAACUGUUUCCUUGCCACCAAUGGGGAGUUCCCUCCAGUUGUUCCCACAGGUGCAACACAAGGGCAAAUCCGACCCACCAAUCAGAAGAAGACCCCUACACCAGUAGAUAGAGACUCUGGAACCUUGACUAUCCAGCCCACCCCUGUGGAGGCCAUGAAGUGGUUUUUCCAUACUUGUGGGGCAACAGGGCCAGAUGGGCCAACUCCCUCUCAGUGCUUCAGCGCCUACCGUAACACGAAUGUAAAUGUGACGGUGGGGACAAGGGGAGCCCUUAAAGGCAUCCAAAUGUGGAGGGUUCCUGAAACAGGGCUAUAUAGGGUCGCGGCCUACGGCGCAGCUGGCGGACGCAGUGUUCUGACCACACUCAGGUCACAUGGUGUCUACAUCACCGGGGACUUCAAGUUGCGCAGAGAUGACGUGCUGCACAUCCUGGUGGGACAGCAAGGACAGGACGCCUGCCCUAAAACCGUGGAGCCGUUGCGUCAUAUCUGCCUCAGUGCAAGAGGGCCUCCGGAUAGCAAGAGCAUGUUGAAAGGAGGAGGGGGUGGAGGAGGCGGUGCUACCUACAUCUUCAAGGUGGAGAAGGGAGCCUACGUCCCCUUGCUCAUCGCAGCAGGUGGAGGAGGUCGGGGCUACAGCGGCAGCUCCAAGAGCCAGCUGGAGGUGCUGGACCAGAACCCCUCCAUCCCUGGCCACAAUGGUAUAUCAUCAGCAGCAGGCGGUGGUGGAGGUUGGAAUGACAGUGUCCCUGUGGCUCAGGGUGGGAGGCCCCUUGUGUUGGGAGGCCAGGGAGGAGAGCCAUGCCAUGCCAUGGGCUGGAUGACCCACGGAGGUUUCGGGGGAGGUGGAGGGGCCUGUAUGUCGGGAGGAGGAGGAGGAGGCUACAGAGGUGGCAGCACUUCCCUUGACAAUGACCCUACGGAGGACGGAAAGGACGGCUCCUCCUUCAUCAGCCCAGAGGGAGAGCUUUUCGUGGAAGCGCUCAAAGGCAUGGAGGGUGAUGGGGAAGUGAUCAUCAGUCCUGUGCAGAACUGCAGCCACUGUGAGUCAGGGGAGUGUCAUGACACUCUGGAGGGAACCAUGUGUUACUGUGAUGAAGACCUCAUCCUGGCCACGGAUGGAGUGUCUUGCAUCAACUCCACAGAGAUACCCCCACCCCAUCAGCCGUCCCUCUCUCACUUGGCUUUGGCACUGUCCGUGGGAACUUCGGCUCUCAUCGCCGCCCUGCUGUUGGCCGUGUCUGGAGUUAUGAUCAUGUACAGACGCAAACACACCGAAUUGCAGUCCAUCCAGUUGGAGCUACAGAGUCCAGACUGCAAGCUGAGCAAGUUAAGAGCCUCCACCAUCAUGACUGACUACAACCCAAACUACUGCUUUGCUGGCAAGACAGCAUCUGUCACUGACCUGAAGGAGGUCCCCCGACGCAACAUCUCCCUGACCAGAGGUUUGGGACAUGGUGCCUUUGGAGAGGUCUAUGAGGGCCUGGCUGUGGGAAUACCAGGGGAACCGAGUCCCAUGCAGGUAGCAGUCAAGACUCUUCCCGAGGUGUGCUCUGAGCAGGAUGAGCUUGACUUCUUGAUGGAGGCACUUAUAAUCAGUAAAUUCAGCCAUCAGAACAUUGUGCGUUGCAUAGGCGUGAGUUUACAGGCUCUCCCUCGCUUCAUCCUUCUGGAGCUGAUGGCAGGGGGAGACCUGAAGACCUUCCUAAGGGAGACCAGGCCCCGACUGGAGCAUCCCUCCAGUCUGACCAUGGUGGACCUUCUCAACAUAGCCAGAGACAUAGCCCGUGGCUGUCAGUACCUAGAGGAGAAUCAGUUCAUCCACAGGGAUAUUGCAGCCAGGAACUGUCUGCUCACAUGUAAAGGGUCUGGAAGAGUAGCAAAAAUUGGAGACUUUGGCAUGGCCAGAGACAUCUACAGAGCCAGUUACUACAAGAAAGGGGGUCGGGCCAUGCUACCAGUAAAGUGGAUGCCUCCAGAGGCUUUUAUGGAAGGAAUAUUUACCUCCAAAACUGACACCUGGUCUUUUGGUGUGCUACUAUGGGAGAUCUUCUCUUUGGGUUACAUGCCCUACCCAAGCCGCAGCAAUCAGGAGGUUCUGGAGUUUGUCACUAACGGAGGAAGGAUGGACCCUCCCAAGAACUGUCCAGGACCAGUAUAUCGGAUUAUGACGCAGAGCUGGCAACAUCAACCUGAAGACAGGCCAAACUUCUCAACUAUCCUUGAGAGAAUUGACUAUUGUUUGCAGGAUCCUGACGUGGUGAAUGUCCCGCUGCCGGUGGAGUAUGGCCCUGUGCCAGAGGAAGAGGAGAAGGUACCCAUGCGUCCAGAGGACCCUGCCUCUGCCUCCCUGCUGGUCACCCCUCAGGGAGCAGAAGAAGCUCCAGCUGCCACUAGCCGUACGGAGGAAGCCAAGCGGGCGGCCGAAGCCCUGCUCAUGAGCGCCCCCUCGGCAGAGAGCAAGUCUGUCCCGGGUUCCACGGCUCAGCCGCCUGUCCACCUACAGGUGCAUGCACAGCCCACCUGCAGCAAGCCCCCCUCCAUGCCCACCACUGCAGCUGGGGCUGGCACCACCCCGGACGGGGGCCUCAUCAACUUGGGCUUCACCCAAGGCCACGCAGGUGAGAAGGACAGCCGCAACGGGAAGCCCACCAACCUGUGGAACCCCACAUAUGGCUCGUGGUUCCUCCAGCAGCAGCAGAAGCGGCAGCAGGCGCAGGCACAGAGGCAGGCAGGGGGCCAGAGGCAAGCAGGGGCUCAGAGGCAGGUAGGGGGCCAGCGGCUUACAGUUGAGGGCCAGGAGCGCUCCAGCAGGACCGUGACUGUGGCCGAGGCCCUGGGCCUGCAGAGGCAGCACAAGCAGCAGCAGCAGUACCAGCAACAGAUCCAGCAGCAGCAGCAGCAGCGGGGGCUGUGCAGGCCGUUCCUGCCGCCUCCGGCCCCGGCUUCCGCACCUGCCCCACUACUGCUGGAUUCGGCCGCCCUGCCCCCCGUGCCGCUUUAUAGACUGCGCCGCUUCCCCUGCGGGAACAUUGGGUAUGGCUACCAAGAGCAGGGCCUGCCUCUGGAAGCACCCGUGGCCAUAUCUGGCCCCCAGGCCACCGCGGCACCUCCUCCCCACCCAGGCCAGCAGAGACCCCUCUCUCUGGUCCGAGCCAGCGGACCCGAGGACAGCCGCCCCCUGCUGGUCACAAUGGGGGCAGGGCAGGACUCCAGACUCCCUAAGAUGGAAGGGCACAAUGCCACAGUGCUUUAACCCUGCUCCUCUUGGACUUCCUCUCUCCUUUAGUGCCCACUCAAGAAACACUGUGCCGUUUGUGUGCUCCCACCUCAGCUCAACACCAUGCCCUCCCGUCCCUCAUUGCGCUUCUCAGCCAAGGUGACUUGAGGGAAACAACCUGACUCUUUUGCUGUGUAAUGACCUCAGAAGAGCCUGUCAAGCCUGGAAUGAUACUCACCAUGAACGCAGUGGACUUCCAUUAAAAUACAGCAGAAUUUUUCAUUUUCAUUUUUCCUCUGGGAGUCCUGGAGAAGGUUGCACUGAAAGCAGCACAGUUUUAGAGAUGACACCUGGAGUCCUCCAUGAGAACUUAAAAUCCUGUGAAAUGUAGCACAGGAUUCCAGCAUUUUUCAGAGACAGGGAAAAAUGAGCUUGUUGAUGUUUGCUUGCCUCCUUGUUUAUUUAUUCAUUUGUUAAUUUAUUAUUUGGAAGCUGUGUAAAUUAUUAAUGGGUGUGCUUCAUAAUGCACCACUCCAUUCAUAAUGCAUCAUUUUGUUCAUUCUUGGACUCAGUUGCCUUUUAAACAUCGGCAGUUUUCAUCUGACAUGAAAUUUAAUGAACUAAAUGAAUUGCUAAUGGGUUGUGUUAACAAACAGACUGGUGUUGAGGUGGCUGAAAGAUAAUGACAGCAAGGUAAGCAGUUGCCAUGGUAUUUUAAAGGGGCUGAACUGGUGAUGAGAAAAUGAAAUGUCUGAGAUUGGUUUUUACUGUUGAAUACUGCGAGAAUUUGUGUGACUCUUGUGAAAGACAUGUAAAUUUGUGUAUUUAACUCAAAUGGGAAUUGAGGCACUGAUCCCUCUCAUUCCAACUAUUUUCAGUUAACCUGUGGCUUCCAAGUGAAGCUUUUUGUGUAUAUAAGAGUCAUAGCCCUCUUUGCAGAGAAAUUAAUUAUUGCUCUUUGUUCUCUUGGUUUCAAUUUACUUCAAUAAAUGGCUAAUUUUAAGCA